AUGGAGAUCCGGCAGCACGACUGGCUCUCGGCCUCCCCCCACGAGGGCUUCGAGCAGAUGAGGCUCAAAAGCCGCCCCAAGGAGCCCUCGCCGAGCCUGACCCGAGUGGGCGCGAACUUCUACAGCAGCGUCAAGCAGCAGGACUACAGCGCCAGCGUCUGGCUCCGGAGGAAAGACAAGCUCGAGCACUCUCAGCAGAGGUGCAUCGUGAUCUUUGCACUGGUGUGCUGCUUCGCCAUUCUGGUUGCGUUGAUAUUUUCAGCUGUGGACAUCGUGGGAGAGGAUGAGGAUGGACUCUCAGAAAAAAAUUGUCAAAAUAAAUGUCGAAUUGCCCUGGUGGAAAACAUUCCUGAAGGCCUUAACUAUUCAGAAAAUGCACCAUUUCACUUACCACUUUUCCAAGGCUGGAUGAAUUUACUCAACAUGGCCAAAAAGUCUAUUGACAUAGUGUCUUCCCAUUGGGAUCUCAACCACACUCAUCCAUCAGCAUGUCAGGGUCAGCGCCUUUUUGAAAAGUUGCUUGAACUGACUUCGCAAGAUAUUGAAAUCAAGCUAGUGAGCGAUGUAACAGCUGAUUCAAAGGUAUUAGAAGCCUUGAAAUUAAAGGGAGCUGAGGUGACGUACAUGAACAUGACCGCCUACAACAAGGGCCGGCUCCAGUCCUCCUUCUGGAUUGUCGACAAGCAGCACGUGUACAUCGGCAGCGCCGGUUUAGACUGGAGGUCACUGGGACAGAUGAAAGAACUGGGCGUCAUCUUCUACAAUUGCAGCUGCCUGGUCCUAGAUUUACAAAGGAUAUUUGCUUUAUACAGUUCACUCAAAUUCAAGAACCGUGUACCUCAGACCUGGUCCAAGAGGCUCUACGGAGUCUAUGAUAACCAAAAGAAAUUGCAACUUCAGUUGAACGAAACCUACUCUCAAGCAUUUGUGUCGAACUCUCCCAAACUCUUUUGCCCUAAGAACAGAAGCUUUGACAUAGAUGCCAUCUACAGUGUGAUAGAUGACGCCAAGCAGUUUGUGUUCAUAGCCGUCAUGGACUACCUGCCUAUCUCCAGCACAAGCUCCCGAAGGACUUAUUGGCCAGAUUUGGAUGGGAAAAUAAGAGAAGCGUUAGUUUUGCGAAGCGUUAAAGUUCGACUCCUUAUAAGCUUCUGGAAGGAAACUGAUCCCCUUACAUUUAACUUUAUUUCAUCUCUUAAAGCUAUUUGCACUGAAAUAGCCAACUGCAGUUUGAAAGUUAAAUUUUUUGAUCUGGAAAGAGAGAAUGCUUGUGCUACAAAAGAACAAAGGAACAACACCUUUCCUAAAUUAAAUCGCAACAAGUACAUGGUGACUGAUGGAGCAGCUUAUAUUGGAAAUUUUGAUUGGGUAGGGAAUGAUUUUACCCAGAAUGCCGGCACAGGCCUUGUUAUCAACCAAGCAGACGUGAGCAACGACACAAGUAUCAUUAAGCAGCUUAAGGAUGUGUUUGAAAGGGACUGGUAUUCACCCUAUGCUAGAACCUUACAGCCAACCAAGCAGCCGAACUGCUCAAGCCUGCUCAAACUCAAACCCCCCUCCAACAAAACUGUCCCAUACAGUGCGAACGGGAAGGACCCUUGAGUGCUCGACAAGAAUGAACAGACUGACGGGACAACUCGGAAUUUCAUAUUUACGUAUAAGGGAUUUGAGGAGAGAAAACCAAUUUAAUAUGUCCUUUUCUUCGGAAAAAAGCACACUUACUAAAAACGUCCUCUGAAGUCCAUGUAACAUCUAUCUAACAAUAUCUUAGAGCCGUGUACACAAAAUUUAAGACUUUUAUAUUGUUACUUCUGACAGAGAAUGUCAUUUCGGCUUAGAAGGUAGUUUUUACGUUUGCAUACAGAUUUUAAAACUUUGAUUCCUCUUCCUUUCUAGUUUGAGAACUUUUUCUGCUGACCCACCUGGUCAAUUCUUAGAAAGCUUAGCAUGAGGUAAGCUUUUUAACACCAGACUGAGAACUGCUGACUUAGAGAGGACAGUGGAUUUCGCCUUGGAGAGGAGACUGAUAAA